GGGCAGAAGAGGCAUUGGCCGGAGACCGAGGAGGCUCCGCGGUUCGGCGUCCGAGGCGAGGCGCGGUGGCGGCCACAAUGCUCGCUGCCCACGCCAAGCGAUCCUGCGCUUUGCUCACCGCCUUCGCGCUGACCGUGCCCACGCUCGUCAUCCUCCUCGCCGGGGGCGCCGGCGCGCCGGCGGUCUGGGUUAGGAACGCCAUGGCCACCUUCCGGCAAGGUCCGGACGAUUUCUACACGAUGGCGGCGCACGACAAGCUUCACGGCGGCCUCUUGGUGGAAGGGUUCGGCCAGGAGUCGUGCCGCAGCCGGUACCAAUCGGCCGCGUACCGCCGGAACCCCGGCCGGCGACCCUCGGAGCACCUCGUCUCCAGGCUGCGACGGCAGGAAGCCCGGCAACGGCGGUGCGGCCCCGGCACCGCCGCCUACCGCGACGCGCUGGAGCAGCUCAAGUCCGGCAAGAACGCCGCCGCCGCCGCCGCGCCGUCGCCCCCGGAGUGCAAGUACCUGGUCUCCAUCUCGUACCGCGGGCUCGGGAACCGGCUCCUCGCCGCGGCGUCGGCGUUCCUGUACGCGCUGCUCACCGGCCGCACCCUCCUCGUCGACCCCAGCGCCGAGACGGACUCGCUCUUCUGCGAGCCGUUCCCCAACACGACGUGGCUGCUGCCGCCGGGCUUCCCUUUCGCGCUCUGGAGCCUCUACAUAGACACCCCGGAGCGCUACGGCAAGAUGCGGGAGAGCGGAGCGCUCAGGCCGCCGGGCGUGGCGAGCGGCGGCUCCCCGGCGGCGGCCGCGGGCACGCCAACGCCGCCGGCGUUCGCGUACAUCCACCUCGACUACAACCAGACCGACCACGACAAGCUCUUCUUCUGCGACGAGGACCAGCGGCUGCUGUCGGGCUUCCAGUGGCUAGUGCUGAGGACGGACAGCUACAUCGUGCCGGGCUUCUUCCUCCUGGAGACGUUCCGGGAGGAGCUCGACGCGCUGUUCCCGGAGCGCGACGCCGUGUUCCACCACCUCGGCCGCUACCUCUUCCACCCGGCCAACCACGUCUGGGGCCUCGUCACGCGCUACUACCACGCGCACCUGGCGUGGGCGCGGCGCCGGGUCGGCAUCCAGGUGCGCGUCUUCCCCUGGGAGCCGGACUCGCCGGAGCUCCUGGGGCGGAUCACGAGGUGCACGCAGGAGGAAGGGCUGCUCCCACGAGUGGUGGACACGGAGGAGGAGCCGGCCGGGCGGGGCGUCAAAUCGAGCGCCGUCCUGAUCACCUCCCUCAAGGCCUGGUACUACGAGCAGGUGAAGGGCAUGUACUGGGAGAAGGCGGCGGCGGGCGGCGAGGUGGUGGUCGUGAGCCAGCCGAGCCACGAGGAGUUCCAGCACUACGGCCUGAGGUCGCACGAGUACAAGGCGUGGGCGGAGAUCUUCCUGCUGAGCCUGACGGACGCGCUGGUCACCACCGGCAAGUCGACGUUCGGGUACGUGGCGCAGGGGCUCGCCGGGAUGAGGCCCUGGGUGCUGCCGCCCAACCAGGCGAACGGCACCGCCGGCCACGGCCGGCCGUGCACCCGGGGCGUAUCCGUGGAGCCAUGCUUCCACACCGCGCCGCCGUACGACUGCAAGAGCCGGCGAGACUCCGGCGAGACCGUGCCGCAUGUGCGGCACUGCGAGGACGUGCCCACGGGGUUGCAGCUUGUCGACCGAAAGGAACGGUGAAUAGGACAGUUGUGUUGUAGGACACCACACCAAGCAUGGUAACAUUAUGUAUGUUGAACAUUACAUUUUUGGGUCUAGUUCACUCAAACUUGGGUAUUCUAAAGUGACACGUUUUUUUUUCCUCAAAUGCGUAGGAGAGCUGUGCAUUUUGUAUUAAGAAGAAUAAGAAUUCUAGUUUGUUUACAAGGCA